ACGAAAAAUGCGUCCUUUUGAAGGGUUUCAGCGCAAGGCUAUUGUAAUAUGUCCCACGGAGGAGGACUUUAAAGCGAGAACGUUAAGACAAACUGAUGAACAGGGGAAGGAUGUGCCAGAUCAGGCUGUGUUAGAAAUGAAAGGUAGGAACAACCAUGUGGAAACAAAACCAACCAAUAAAACAAAAACAACAGAUCUACUUUACUUUUUCUAUGUUUUUGUCUCUAAAAUCAAAUGUUGGAAGAUGCCCUCCCUGCCCCUGCCUCCCUCCCUGCCCCCUGUCCCCCUACCCCUGCCCCUGCCUCCCUACCCCUGUCCCCCUACCCCUGCCCCUGCCUCCCUACCCCUGCCCCUGCCUCCCUCCCUGCCCCUUGUCCCCCUACCCCUGCCCCCUGUCCCCCUACCCCUGCCCCUGCCUCCCUCCUACCCCUGCCCCUGCCUCCUUCCCUGCCCCCUGUCCCCCUACCCCUGCCCCCUGUCCCCCUACCCCUGCCCCCUGUCCCCCUGACCCCUGCCCCUGCCCCCCCCUACCCUCCGCUCCUGCCCUGCCUCCUCCCUGCCCCUGCCCCACCCCUGCCCCCUGUCCCCCUACCCCUGCCCCUGCCCCUACCCCUGCCCCUGCCUCCCUCCCUGCCCCUGUCCCCCUACCCCUGUCCCCCCCUUCCCCUACCCCGCCCUGUCCCCCUACCCCUGCCCCCUGUCCCCCUCCCACCCCUGCCUCCCUCCCUGCCCCCUGUCCCCCUACCCCUGUCCCUACCCCUGCCCCCUGUCCCCCUACCCCUGCCCCUCCCUGCCCCUGCCUCCCUCCGACCCUGUCCCUAACCCUGCCCUGCUACCCUGCCCUUGUCCAGCCUCCCUGCCCCUGUCCCCUAUGCCUCCCUCCCCCUGUGCCCCUACCCAUGACCCUCCCCGCUGACCUGUUGCACUGCAAGUGAGUCGUGCUCAAGUUUAAGUAACUAACUACUGUAAAAGUAGUGGACCUCUCUGAGGCUGUUGACAAGCUAUUGGCUGUUGGUGAACUGACUUCUGUUAGACCGCAUGUGUCAGGAGUUCUGAAGCUUACAUACAGAACCCUCUACCCUCGCCUACAACAGAACCCUCCACCCUCAGCCUACAUACAGAACCCUCCUACCCUCAGCUACAUACAGAACCCUCAGCCUACUACAGAACCCUCCUACCCUCAGCCUACAUACAGAACCCUCCUACCUUCAGCCUACAUAUCAGAACCCAUCCUACCCUCAGCCUAUACACAGAACCCUCAGCCUACGUACAGAACCCUCCUACCCUCAGCCUACAUACAGAACCCUCCUAACCCUCAGCCUAAUACAGAACCCUCCUACCCUCAGCCUACAUACAGAACCCUCCUACCCUCAGCCUACAUACAGAACCCUCCUACCCUCAGCCUAAAUACAGAACCCUCCUACCCUCAGCCUACAUACAGAACCCUCCUACCCUCAGCCUAAAUACAGAACCCUCCUACCCUCAGCCUAUACACAGAACCCUCAGCCUACGUACAGAACCCUCCUACCCUCAGCCUACAUACGAACCCUCCUACCAUCACCUAAAUACAGAACCCUCCUAACCCCUCAGCCUAUACACCAGAACCCUCAGCCUACAUACAGAACCCUCCUACCCUCAGCCUACAUACAGAACCCUCCUACCCUCAGCCUACAUACAGAACCCUUCUCCCCUCAGCCUACAUACAGAACCCUCCUACCCUCAGCCUAAUUACAGAACCCUCCUACCCUCAGCCUAUACACAGAACCCUCAGCCUACGUACAGAACCCUCCUACCCUCAGCCUACAUACAGAACCCUCCUACCCUCAGCCUACAUACAGAACCCUCCUACCCUCAGCCUACAUACAGAACCCUCCUACCCUCAGCCUAAAUACAGAACCCUCCUACCCUCAGCCUACAUACAGAACACUCCUACCCUCAGCCUACAUACAGAACCCUCCUACCCUCAGCCUACAUACAGAACCCUCCUACCCUCAACCUACAUACAGAACCCUCCUACCCUCAGCCUACAUACAGAACCCUUCUCCCCUCAGCCUACAUACAGAACCCUCCUACCCUCAGCCUACAUACAGAACCCUCCUACCCUCAGCCUACAUACAGAACCCUCCUACCCUCAGCCUACAGAAGCAGUGUUAAGGCAGCACUUGGUUUGCAGUGGCUUUUCCUCUCCACCUCCAUCCCUCUUCCCUAUCUCCUCUGUGUUUGCUUGAACAAAUGUUUCCUCCAGGUUCUCUGGGGGUUUAAUUUGUUCUGACUCUGCAGUAGCCAAACACUCAGCCUACAGAACCCUCAGCCUACAUACAGAACCCUUCUCCCCUCAGCCUACAUACAGAACCCUUCUGCCCUCAGCCUACAUACAGAACCCUUCUCCCCUCUGCCUACAUACAGAACCAUUCUCCCCUCAGCCUACAUACAGAACCCUCCUACCCUCAGCCUACAUACAGAACCCUCCUACCCUCAACCUACAUACAGAACCAUCCUACCCUCAGCCUACAUACAGAACCCUCCUACCCUCAGCCUACAGAACCCUUCUACCCUCAGCCUACAUACAGAACCCUCCUACCCUCAGCCUACAUACAGAACCCUCCUACCCUCAACCUACAUACAGAACCCUCCUACCCUCAACCUACAUACAGAACCCUUCUGCCCUCAGCCUACAUACAGAACCCUUCUCCCCUCAGCCUACAUACAGUACCCUCCUACCCUCAGCCUACAUACAGAACCCUCCUACCCUCAACCUACAUACAGAACCCUCCUACCCUCAGCCUACAUACAGAACCCUCCUACCCUCAACCUACAUACAGAACCCUCCUACCCUCAACAUACAUACAGAACCCUCCUACCCUCAGCCUACAUACAGUACCCUCCUACCCUCGACCUACGGAACCCUUUUCCCCUCAGCCUACAUACAGAACCCUUCUCCCCUCAGCCUACAUACAGAACCCUUCUCCCCUCAGCCUACAUACAGAACCCUUCUCCCCUCAGCCUACAUACAGAACCAUCCUACCCUCAGCCUACAUACAGAACCCUCCUACCCUCAGCCUACAGAACCCUUCUACCCUCAGCCUACAUACAGUACCCUCCUACCCUCAGCCUACAUACAGAACCCUCCUACCCUCAACCUACAUACAGAACCCUCCUACCCUCAACCUACAUACAGAACCCUCCUACCCUCAGCCUACAUACAGAACCCUCCUACCCUCAGCCUACAUACAGAACCCUCCUACCCUCAACCUACAUACAGAACCCUCCUACCCUCAACCUACAUACAGAACCCUCCUACCCUCAACAUACAUACAGAACCCUCCUACCCUCAGCCUACAUACAGAACCCUCCUACCCUCAGCCUACAUACAGAACCCUUCUCCCCUCAGCCUACAUACAGAACCCUCCUACCCUCAGCCUACAUACAGAACCCUCCUACCCUCAGCCUACAUACAGAACCCUUCUCCCCUCAGCCUACAUACAGAACCAUCCUACCCUCAGCCUACAUACAGAACCCUCCUACCCUCAGCCUACAGAACCCUUCUACCCUCAGCCUACAUACAGUACCCUCCUACCCUCAGCCUACAUACAGAACCCUCCUACCCUCAACCUACAUACAGAACCCUCCUACCCUCAACCUACAUACAGAACCCUCCUACCCUCAGCCUACAUACAGAACCCUCCUACCCUCAGCCUACAUACAGAACCCUCCUACCCUCAACCUACAUACAGAACCCUCCUACCCUCAACCUACAUACAGAACCCUCCUACCCUCAGCCUACAUACAGAACCCUCCUACCCUCAGCCUACAUACAGAACCCUCCUACCCUCAGCCUACAUAAUCCUACUACCCUCAGCCUACAGAACCCUUCUACCCUCAGCCUACAUACAGAACCCUCCUACCCUCAGCCUACAGAACCCUGAUACCCUCAGCCUACAUACUGAACCCUCCUACCCUCAGCCUACAGAAUCCUCCUACCCUCAGCCUACAGAACCCUCCUACCCUCAACCUACAUACAGAAUCCUCCUACCCUCAGCCUACAGUACCCUCCUACCCUCAGCCUACAGAAUCCUUCUACCCUCAGCCUACAGCACCCUCCUACCCUCAGCCUACAUACAGAACCCUCCUACCCUCAGCCUACAGAAUCCUACUACCCUCAGCCUACAUACAGAACCCUCCUACCCUCAGCCUACAUACAGUACCCUCCUACCCUCAGCCUACAUAAUCCUCCUACCCUCAGCCUACAGAACCCUCCUACCCUCAGCCUACAGAAUCCUACUACCCUCAGCCUACAUACAGAACCCUCCUACGCUCAGCCUACAGAAUCCUCCUACCCUCAGCCUACAUACAGAACCCUCCUACCCUCAGCCUACAGAACCCUGAUACCCUCAGCCUACAUACAGAACCCUCCUACCCUCAGCCUACAUACAGAACCCUCCUACCCUCAGCCUACAUACAGAACCCUCCUACCCUCAGCCUACAUACAGAACCCUCCUACCCUCAGCCUACAGAAUCCUCCUACCCUCAGCCUACAGAACCCUCCUACCCUCAGCCUACAUACAGAAUCCUCCUACCCUCAGCCUACAGUACCCUCCUACCCUCAGCCUACAGAAUCCUCCUACCCUCAGCCUACAGCACCCUCCUACCCUCAGCCUACAUACAGAACCCUCCUACCCUCAGCCUACAGAAUCCUACUACCCUCAGCCUACAUACAGAACCCUCCUACCCUCAGCCUACAUACAGUACCCUCCUACCCUCAGCCUACAGAAUCCUCCUACCCUCAGCCUACAGAGCCCUCCUACCCUCAGCCUACAUAAAAUACCCUCCUGCCCUCAGCCUACGGAACCCUCCUACCCUCAGCCUACAUAUAGUACCCUCCUACCCUCAGCCUACAUACAGAACCCUCCUACCCUCAGCCUACAGAACCCUGAUACCCUCAGCCUACAUACAGUACCCUCCUACCCUCAGCCUACAUACAGAACCCUCCUACCCUCAGCCUACAUACAGAACCCUCCUACCCUCAGCCUACAUACAGAACCCUCCUACCCUCAGCCUACAUACAGAACCCUCCUACCCUCAGCCUACAUACAGUACCCUCCUACCCUCAGCCUACAUACAGAACCCUCCUACCCUCAACCUACAUACAGAACCCUUCUCCCCUCAGCCUACAUACAGAACCCUCCUACCCUCAGCUUACAGAAUCCUCCUACCCUCAGCCUACGUACAGAACCCUCCUACCCUCAGCCUAUCUUCAACCUACACAGCAUACCCUCAGCCUACACAGCAUACCUUCAGCCUACACUGCAUACCCUCCGCCAACUCAGCCUCCCUCCCUCCCUCCAUCUCCUCCCUGUUCUUUCUAUUGUCUUUGAUUCCCCUCAUCAUUAUGUGAUGUUAAUUCAUCUUUUCAUUUUGUCUCCCGGUGGUGUUGGCUGAUCUGGCCUUCGCUACAACCCCUCCCCCCUCUCUCUCUCUCUCUCUCGCUCUUACACGCUCUCACCAUCUCUAUCUCCCGUCGUCCUGGACCGGUCCGUCUCCUCUCCAUCUCUCUCCGUGUUCAUCUCUCCAUCCUGGCUUCCAGCCAACUUCUUGCUCCCUGAGCCCAGUGACUUCCUGGAGGAGGUGGUUUUUGUGGAGCUGCAGCGGGACGAGGCUUACAAGCUGGUGAAGGAAUACAACGAGGAGGGGCGCAAGGCCGGCCCACCCCCCGACAAACGCUAUGACAACCGGCCGGGAGAGUUCCGUGGCAACGGCGGAGGCUACCAGCGCAAUGAGGACCGUGGCGGGCCUCGCGGCGGCGGUGGAUACCAGAGCAGAGACGCAGGCGGAAACAGAAGGGGUAAGGAAGGAGCAGACUCCUCCCCAGGUCAGUCGCUCACAGUUCUCCCCUGAAGAGUGCACUCUGGGAGGGACUGAUUUAGGAUAGUUGGUGCUUACACCACUGCUUUGAAAUGUUGGAGAGGAGAAAGGGAUAUACCAUGUGAGCUAGUCCCUGCUCUAAGAGAUGUCAUGUCCAGGCCCUGCUAUUCAGACUGUCUGUCUGUCUCGCUGUGUUUCAGGCAACAACCGUGGCGGCUACAACGGCAACCGCUGGGGUGGGAACGGUAACUACCGUGAGGGGGGGUCGGCCCCUAGGGGAGGGUACAACCGCAACCAACAGUCAGGAGGCUACAACCGCCCGGUGCCCUACAACAAGGGGGGAUACAACCAGGUAACCAUGGAUAUACCUGCUGUCUGUCUCUCUGUAUGUCUGUCUGUCUGCACAUUAAUGGAGAGGAUAGGAGUUUUACCUGAGCAUGCCAUAGUUAUAGUUAUACUCCCGAGUGGCGCAGUGGUCUAAGGCACUGCAUCGCAGUGCUAGCUGUGCCACUAGAGAUCCUGGUUCGAAUCCAGGCUCUGUCGCAGCCGGCCGCGACCGGGAGACUCAUGGGCGGCGCACAAUUGGCCCAGCGUCGUCCAGGGUAGGGGAGGGAAUGGCCGGCAGGGAUGUAGCUCAGUUGAUAGAGCAUGGCGUUUGCAACGCCAGGGUUGUGGGUUCGUUUCCCACAGGGGGCCAGUAUAAAAAAAUAUAUAUAUGUAUUCACUCUGGAUAAGAGCGUCUGCUAAAUGACUAAAAUGUCAAAAAAAUGUCAAAUGUUAUAACCCAUCAACUAACACCUAGAGGUUAUCCUGGUCAGGUCCUAGUUAUAGCCCAUCAACUAACACCUAGAGGUUAUCCUGGUCAGGUCCUAGUUAUAGCCCAUCAACUAACACCUAGAGGUUAUCCUGGACAGGUCCUAGUUAUAGCCCAUCAACUAACACCUAGAGGUUAUCCUGGUCAGGUCCUAGUUAUAACCCAUCAACUAACACCUAGAGGUUAUCCUGGUCAGGUCCUAGUUAUAGCCCAUCAACUAACACCUAGAGGUUAUCCUGGUCAGGUCCUAGUUAUAGCCCAUCAACUAACACCUAGAGGUUAUCCUGGUCAGGUCCUAGUUAUAGCCCAUCAACUAACACCUAGAGGUUAUCCUGGUCAGGUCCUAGUUAUAGCCCAUCAACUAACACCUAGAGGUUAUCCUGGUCAGGUCCUAGUUAUAGCCCAUCAACUAACACCUAGAGGUUAUCCUGGUCAGGUCCUAGUUAUAGCCCAUCACAACUAACACCUAGAGGUUAUCCUGGUCAGGUCCUAGUUAUAGCCCAUCAACUAACACCUAGAGGUUAUCCUGGUCAGGUGAAAUAGUCAGGAAAAACUCCUGGCACUAACACAAUGUGCUAUGAAUCAGGGUCCGACAUGAACGAUGGCCCGCUGACCCUGGCCUGUAGCUUCUCAGCGCAUUUUUUGCAUUCCAGUUCAACAUUUACCUGCUCUGUCGCAGUCUGUCGUUGAAAACCAUUGAAGACUACAUGCAGAAAAGUAAUGCUAUUUGUAUUUGAGCAAUAUGAUUGGCCAUUCAUUCAACUACGCUCAUCGUGAGUCACAACUUCUCGAGCAGUACAUGAGUUGAUGCCUUCACAUAGCACAUGCUGUCCAGAGGUACUGUUGAUAGUCUACAAAAAGAAAGCUACAAAAUACACAUAGCAUUUGUCUUAGCUAGCCUACUGUAGCCAGAUUAUAUAUAUUUUGAAAAGCACUUAUCUUAAAGGGGCAACAUCCUAUUUUGAGAUGACAUACUUUAGAAACAAACGUGAAUGCAAUUAAUACAAUGCAAUUUUAAAUGAUAGAGUAAUAUUUGACAUACAGUUGAAGUGGGGAAGUUUACAUACGCCUUUGCCAAAUACAUUUAAACUCAGUUUUUCACAAUUCCUGACAUUUAAUCCUAGUAAUAAUUCCCUGUUUUAGGUCAGUUAGGAUCACCACUUUUAUUUUAAGAAUGUGAAAUGUCAGAAUAAUAGUAGAGAGAAUGAUUUAUUUCUGCUUUUAUUUCUUUCAUCACAUUCCCAGUGGGUCAGAAGUUUACAUACACUCAAUUAGUAUUUGGUAGCAUAGCCUUUAAAUUGUUUAACUUGGGUCAAAUGUUUCGGGUUGCCUUCCACAAGCUUCCCACAAUAAGUUGGGUGAAUUUUGGCACAUUCCUCCUGACAGAGCUGGUGUAACUGAGUCAGGUUUGUAGGCCUCCUUGCUCGCACACGCCUUUUCAGUUCUUCUCACAAAUGUUCUAUAGGAUUGAGGUCAGGGCUUUGUGAUGGCCACUCCAAUACCUUGACUUUGUUGUCCUUAAGCCAUUUUGCCACACCUUUGGAAGUAUGCUUAGGGUCAUUGUCCAUUUGGAAGACCCAUUUGCGACCAAGCUUUAACUUCCUGACUGAUGUCUUGAGAUGUUGCUUCAAUAUAUCCACAUAAUUUUCCUUCCUCAUGAUGCCAUCUAUUUUGUGAAGUGCACCAGUCCCUCCUGUAGCAAAGCACCCCCACAGCAUGAUGCUGCCACCCCUGUGCUUCACGGUUGGGAUGGUGUUCUUUGGCUUGCAAGCAUCCCCCUUUUUCCUCCAAACAUAACGAUGGUCAUUAUGGCCAAACAGUUCUAUUUUUGUUUCAUCAGACCAGAGGACAUUUCUCCAAAAAGUACGAUCUUUGUCCCCAUGUGCAGUUGCAAACCGUAGUCUGGCUUUUUUAUGGCGGUUUUGGAGCAGUGGCUUCUUCCUUGCUGAGCGGCCUUUCAGGUUAUGUCGAUAUAGGACUAGUUUUACUGUGGAUAUAGAUACUUUUGUACCGGUUUCCUCCAGCAUCUUCACAAGGUCCUUUGCUGUUGUUCUGGGAUUGAUUUGCACUUUUCGCACCAAAGUACGUUCAUCUCUAGGAGACAGAACAUGUCUCCUUCCUAAACGGUAUGACGGCUGCGUGGUCCCAUGGUGUUUAUACUUGCGUACUAUUGUUUGUACAGAUGAACGUGGUACCUUCAGGCGUUUGGAAAUUGCUCCCAAUACUUUUUUACUGAGGUCUUGGCUGAUUUCUUUUGAUUUUCCCAUGAUGUCAAGCAAAGAGGCACUGAGUUUGAAGGUAGGCCUUGAAAUACAUCCACAGGUACACCUCCAAUUGACUCAAAUGAUGUCCAUUAGCCUAUUAGAAGCUUCUAAAGCCAUGGAGUUCUGGAAUUUUCCAGGCUGUUUAAAGGGACAGUCAACUUAGUGUAUGUAAACUUCUGACCCACUGGAAUUGUGAUACAGUGAAUUAUAAGUGAAAUAAUCUGUCUGUAAACAAUUGUUGGAAAAAUUACUUGUCAUGCACAAAGUAGAUGUCCUAACCGACUUGCCAAAACUAUAGUUUGUUAACAAGAAAUUUGUGGAGUGGUUGAAAAAAACGAGUUUGAAUGACUCCAACCUAAGUGUAUGUAAACCUCCGACUUCAACUGUAUAUACCAUAAUAACCAAAUGUAGCCUAAUACUAUCUGAAUAUAUAUAGAGAGAGCAUGCCAAUCAAGGCCCUGCAUGACCCUAAUGUAUUUAUAAACUACCCCAUGGCCGGGCCAGUAGAUCUUUGGUUAACGUCGGACCCUGUGAAUACUUUAAAAGUAGUAAUGGAGUCUGUUUUCAUAAUCGGACAUGCUUUUCUCUCCUCCAGAGCUACAACCCCAGCAGCUAUAAUCAAGGCAACUACCAACAGGGUUACAACUACGGCAGCUACAGUCAGUACCCAGGAUACAGCCAAACUCAGAGUUACAGCGAGACUACACCAGCCGCUGCAGGACAGACCUACAGCCAACAGCAGAACUACAACCAGCAGUACCAGCAGGUAGUUACCAUAGCAACCAGCAGUACCAGCAGGUUGUUACCAUAGCAACCAGCAAUACCAGCAGGAUGUUACCAUAGCAACAAUCGGCGCCGGUGGGUUGUUACCGUAGCAACCAACAGGUUGUUACCAUAGAAACCAUCAGGAUGUUACCAUAGCAACCAGCAGUACCGACGAGUUGUUACCAUAGUAACCAGCAGUACCAGCGGGUUGUUACCAUAGUAGUUAACCAGGGCUCAGGUGAACUCAGGUAACCCUGCUACAGCUAGUCUCCAGAAUCAGCCUCCAGUUACAGCCCACUAAGACUGGCUGGAUAAAUAUAUUUCGAUCUCGAUCACACAUCCAGUUAGUUUUUCAGUUCUUGGUUGGUGUGACCGACAGCAUACAUUUUCAUUACCUGAGCUCCCGUAAAAACCUGACAGUAGUAACGUUUUGUUCAAUGAGGUGUCUGAGAAGGCUUUUGGGGUUGCAAAUCACUUUAGAAACUUCAGCUGGAUAGGGUAUUUAAUCACUGUAUUCCCUCUCUCUCUCUCUCUCUCUCUCUCUUUCUCUCUGUCUUUUGCAGUAUGCCCAGCAGUGGCAGCAGUACUACCAGAACCAGUCUCAGUGGAACCAGUAUUACGGACAGUAUGGGGACUAUGCCGCCCAGGGGCAGGGUCAACAA